AUGCUCAAGUAUCUGUGGCUGGUGACGGCCCUGCCAACACUGGCAAUAGCUCGCAACUGUUCUGUUCAAGCUUAUACCGAUGAAGCAGUUGGCUGGCAGACCGGGUCCUGCUACCGCGGCACUUGGUCAAUUAUCAGCAGCUGUCUGACAACCAUCAUCGCUUGCACAUGGACGGUCCAGCACCUCAAUAUCCCAGACAAGACGGAUGACGCCAAAACAAGGAUUGGGCGGAAACUGAAGUGGAUGGUCAUAACCGUAUUAUUCCCAGAGCUCAUCUUGAUACAGGCUGCAUUGCAACUCCGCAUGGCAUUAAAAGCACUCGAGGCAAUGGAGGCGAAGCAAAAGUCGGUCGAGUGGCCCUGGUGGUAUGGAAACCCAUGGAAGUGGCUGCAGCGGAAGUUUGGCGGCAACAUCAAAACAGGCGAUGAGGAAAAGGGCGAGCACGCAGAGACAGGUCCAGAUGAUGCACAUAAGUGGACUCUGACGCACUGCUACUAUGCCAACAUGGGCGGCUUCGUAUAUGUUGAUGCUAGCAAGGAGAUCAAGAUUUGCCUCACGGCGGGAGAGCUGGCCAUGUCUUUACUCGACUGCCACAAACGACCAGAGAUACUCAAAGAGGAUCUUCAAGAUAAGUCCAAGCAGGACUGGAUGGCAAAAACCUUGGCUGGCUUGCAGAUUAUGCAACUGGUUCUUUCAGUCAUCACACGCUACAUCCAAGACUUGAAGCUCUCGCAGCUAGAAGCGGUGACGCUAUCCUUUGCCAUUUGCGGUGUCGCAAUUUACAUUACAAACAUACACAAGCCUCAGAAUGUCGACAGAGCCUCAGAAUUCGAGUUACCAGAACUAAAAGAGGCUGAUGGAAAGGCUUCCCUUGUUUUCGUCAAGGCUUACGAUAGUCUAUGGGCAAUCAUGCGCAACCAGAACGAGGUCGCGAGCGAGAAGAGCAAAUCGAGCCGCGAAAAAGAUCUACGAAUCCCGAAUGACAGUAUCCCUUUUGAUAAUGGCAACCAUGCUGUUCAUCCAGUCGUAUAUUUUCUGGCGCUCGCCUCGGCCCUGUUUGGGAUGAUUCAUGCUAUUGCGUGGUAUUUUGAGUUUCCUACAAAGGAAGAAAAGCUGCUUUGGCGGAUCGCGACUGGCAUCUCUGCUGUGAGCCCUAUUCUUGGUCUACUGGCCAUUCCGAUGACGCAGAUCACAAAACCUGCGGGGGAGCCUGAGUUAUUCCUGGGCAAGUGUCUGAGACUGUUGCGCGAGUAUCGAUGGCACUGUUCAAAAAAGUACCCCAUCAACGAGGUAAUCAGAAACCUGGAGCACGGCUUGAAAGGGUUACUCCGUCUUGAUGGAGGAGCCUCUCCGUCCGAUGCGGCGUACUCCAAAAUCUUCUUGGUAGAGCCGAAAGAGAUCAGUCACUUUCUGCUGGAUCUUGAGAACUUUGUAUGCUUGAGGGAGCCGUAUCAAUACUCGUACGGAAAAUCGCAAAAUCAGGUGGGUGAGGGACAAGAGGACCAACACCGAGCUAGGCAAGAUGCAGUGGUGUUGGAGUUACACAUGGACAAGCAAUUUGUUGGCAACUUUCGUCGCCUUGUUAGGGCGAUCCACGGUUCCGCCGGAAAGAAACUCAAUGAGGAAGCUAGAACGGACAUGUGGCCAAGGAAGACGGUGUGCCCGCUCGCAUUGAACGAGUUCAUUUUGUACAGCACUGGUAUAGUGUACUGCGUGUCUCGCUUGAUUUUGCUCAUUGUUGCGUUUUCGAGUCUUCGAAAGAUGCCGGGCACCGCAUAUAUCGAGACAGACUGGACACGUUACUUGUGGGCGGUUGGGUCAAAGAGCUGA